GAAGUAGAGAGGAGACAUUGCUGGAACUGACAGCAGAGGAGAGAGGAGUGUUUUGUAUAGAUUUCAGAACCACCUCAAGGGAGGAUGGAUGAGGACCAAAGUCACAUGACCGACAGGAUAUUGGACCUCACCCUGGAGAUUAUCCACCUGCUAACCGGAGAGGGUUAUGAAGUAGUAAAGAAGAUAUCUGGAGAGCGGCUGACAUGCAACAGUAGCUCCCAUGUGCUAUCCUCCAUUACAGUUUCUCCAUCUCCCUCAUUCAUCCCUGAGAGAAACAAGAAGAAUAAGAUUCUAGAAGUCACCAAGAGGAUCACUGAGCUUCUGACAGGAGAGGUUCCUAUAAGGUGUCAGGAUGUCACUGUCUAUUUCUCCAUGGAGGAGUGGGAGUAUUUAGAAGGACACAAAGAUCUCUACAAGGACGUCAUGAUG